ACCAGUCGCUAUGGCUGUCAGUCUUUGCAGUUUCUAAAUCCUAUCUUUGAUUUUUCUGUGAGAUCUUAUCAAAAAUAAAGUACUAUAAUUUUCUUAAGUGACUUAUAUAUCUCAAAUCGUAAAUAAUCUUGAAAUGAAUCGUAGUUAGAUCUGUUUUUCAUUUUCACCUCUAGAAUUCUGACGGAUGUAAGUUACUGUAACCUAAAUAAAUUAAAUAUGAAGUUAUUAAAACCGUUAAGGGUGUUACAUGGUCAACGUCGAAGAGGUGGUCGCAAUGUCAGUACUUGGUCACCACUAGCCACAGCAUUUAACACCAGACCCAGUUCUCGGCCUUUGUUUGAAUCACUAAGAGAGAGAACUGGUCUCUUCAACAAGCCAGAACUAGCAACGUUUGAGGGAUUCUAUACUCUAAAAGAGCAAGCUAUAGCAGCAACCGACCGUCUUAUUGAGGAAGCUACAUCUAACCCCAGCCGGCCUAUGGUGGAGAUUUUCGAUGAGCUAUCAGAUACAUUGUGCAAAGUAGCGGAUCUGGCAGAGUUUGUGAGGAUAGCACAUCCACAGCCUCAUUUUGCUAGUGCUGCUGAGGAUGCAUGCAUAAGUAUCAGUGGAGUGGUUGAAAAACUAAACACACAUAAGGGUCUAUAUGAAGCCCUGCGAGACUCAGUGAAGCGAGGAACAUCAGGUGACCAGCAUUUAGCCGAGUUGUUCCUGUUUGAUUUUGAGCAGAGUGGCAUUCAGUUGGAUGAGGAGCCACGGAGGCAGGUGGUGGCUCUUAAUGACACCAUAUUGCAGACAGGACAGAAGUUUAUGGCCGGUGCAGCCAAACCAAGGAGGGUGCCUCGGCAUGCUGUCCCUGGCAACGUGAGGCAGUUCUUGAGCACGGAAGGCGAGGACAUAAUCGUGAGCGGCGUGUACGCGGAGUGCGGCGAGGCGGCGGCGCGCGAGGCGGCGUACCGGCUGUACCUGGCGGCCGACGCGCGCCAGGAGCGCCUGCUGGCCGCCACGCUGCGCGCGCGCCACCGCAUGGCCCAGCUCUGCGGGUUCCGCUGCUAUGCGGACCGAGCAAUAAAAGCAAGCACAAUGGAAACAGCACCGAACGUUCGGCAAUUCCUAGAUAUACUGUCAGACAAUCUACAUGAUAGAGCAAACAUAGACUUUGAUGCUAUGCUCAAAAUGAAGAAACAAGAAUCGUCAUAUCAAGACAAACUUAUGUGCUGGGACACCCCAUACUUCACACAUAAGGCGAAAACGCAGUUACUCAAUGUUGCCAACACGGAUUUCAGUCCAUAUUUUUCUCUAGGCGGCUGCAUGGAAGGGUUGAAUAUGUUAUGUCAAGAAUUGUACGGUAUUAGUUUGAAAUCUCAAGAAAUGUUGCCAGGCGAAUCAUGGUCACCUGAUGUAUACAAAUUAGCAGUGGUACAUGAAACAGAAGGUUUACUUGGCCACAUUUACUGUGAUUUAUAUGAGAGGCCUGGAAAACCUCACCAGGAUUGCCAUUUCACUAUACAGGGUGGCAAAUUGCUGCCGGAUGGUACAUAUCAGAACCCGAUCGUGGUGGUGAUGCUGUCGCUGAGCGGCGGGCACCGGUCGGGCCCGGCGCUGCUGCCGGCGGCGGCGGUGGACAACCUGUUCCACGAGGCGGGGCACGCGCUGCACUCCAUGCUGGGCCGCGCGCGCCACCAGCACGUGGCGGGCACGCGCUGCGCCACCGACCUGGCCGAGGUGCCCAGCGUGCUCAUGGAGUACUUCGCCAGCUGCCCGCAGGUGGUGCGUCGUUUCGCGCGACACUUCCAAACCCGCGAGCCGAUGCCAGAAGACAUGCUGCACAGGCUCUGUGCUUCCAAAUAUCUGUUCGGAGCCAGUGAAAUGCAAUUACAGGUGUUUUACUCGGCCCUGGAUCAGCACUACCACGGUCCGAACGCGGCGUCUGGCGGCCACACCACCGACGUGCUGAAGGAAGUGCAGAGGCAGUACUAUGGACUGCCCUAUGUGGAGAAUACGGCAUGGCAACACCGCUUCAGCCACCUGAUCGGCUACGGCGCGAAGUACUACUCGUACCUGAUAUCGCGCGCGGUCGCGUGGAGCAUUUGGAAGCGGCACUUCGAACCCUCGCCGCUGUCUCGCACCGCUGGCGAUGCGCUGCGGGCCGGCGUACUGCGACACGGCGGCGCCGUGCCGCCAAAGGUGUUAUUACGCGACUACCUAGACACAGAGAUCACACCGACCACAUUAGCCAACGCGCUGGCAGAGGAGCUGGAUUACCACAAGGACCAUCUUGACACAGUGUUCAAGAUGACUGACAAGUAAACAGAUGAUGUGAUAUACUCAGAUCUGUGUAUAUAUUGUAGAUAUAUUAGUGACAGAGACACUAAGGUGCUUUUUGUAGAGCAGCCAACUGCUAGUGCUAGUAGAUAUAGAAUCGGAUAUCUUAUGUUUUGAAGACUCUACAAAUUUUUAACUAUAUUAAGUGGAUUUAAGUAAUCUAUACUUAUAGUAAAUCUGUAGAGAGGUCAAUUCUGUACAUGGAAUAUAUUUUCAAAAUAACUAUCGGGGGGUGAUUAGUGAUCGAUACUGAUGCCAAAAAUGCAUUCAGUAAAAUUUUUGUCUGUCUGUCUGUAUGUUUGUUAUAGAAACAAAAACUACUCGACGGAUUUUAAUGAAACUUGGUAUAAUUAUUUUUCAUACUCCUGGGCGGGUUAUAGUAUACUUUUCAUCACGAUACGAUCAAUAGGAACAGAGCAAUGAAGGGAAAUGUUGGGAAAACGGUAGAAGUUACUCCAUAUUUAAGCUUCCGUUGCGUGUGCAGCCGUAAUGGCCACUUUUUAAAAUGUAAAAAUGUCCACCCGUGCGACGCCGGGACGGGCCGCUAGUAUGUAAUAUUUGUGCUCAAUAUGUUGUUACUACUGCUAUUUUAAUUGUGUCAGACUUAUACCGCCUUGUUCCUAUUUCGUCAAUAUAAUAGUAUGCAUAGAUAUAUUAGGUCUUUACUUUGCGAUUAGUGUCUUUUAGAGUUUUAUUAUGACUUUUUUUAAUUAGAUUGUUUAUGUAUUUCUUUUUGUGACAGCUGGUGUUCUGUAGUCUCUCUUUACUUCAAUGUUAACAUAUGCGUGAAUAAAAUAAUAAAAAUAACGAUUGGAAAAUCCAUUCCAGGUAAAUAUUAUUCCAAUAUGUAAAUCUUCCAUUCAUAGAAUACAAUUUUAAUGUAAUAACUACUGGUUUAAUUUGCGUGUAAUUAGAUUGAAAACGCUCAGCUAGUUUCGGUUUUAUUUUGUGAUCCUUCUUCAUGAGCGACUGUGACGCGAGCACGAGCCUGAUUGACACACACGUGUCACUGUCGCUCAUGACUAAGGAUCAUGAAUUGAUACCGAAACUAGUCGACCUUUUUCGAUCUAAUUUCGUAAGUUUUUUUUUUAAUAAACCGGUAGUUAUUUCAUAAAAAUAUAAUGUGUACUGACGAGACUUAACAAUAGUAUACCAUUGUGCAUAUAUGAAUAAUGUUAUUUAUUUUAUUGCUUUUAUUUUCUGUUUAUUAUUAAUUUUAUUAUAUUGACAAGUCGAAUAAAACAACGAGUGAAAAUUAUAAA